GAAACUUUUUGGGGACUUGUGUGAAUUUUUCAAAUACUUCCACAGUGUUGUUUUGUGGAUCAGAAAAAAAUAUUUGUUAUGUGAGUGGGAGGACCAUUGAGUAUUCUUCUUUGGCAAGUUGAAAUUAUGGGUGUUUGUUAAGCAUGUCCUCGCUUUCUGUCCUUUUUCUUCUGUGUCCUAGCUGUGUAUGAAUCUUCCCUGUGAGUAAGUUUACUUGUGGGCUACCAUGUAAUGGUCUGAAAACUCUUAUUUAAAUCAUAAAAAUAUCCAUCAACAGUGGUAAUUGGAUCCUGUUCUGAGAUACCUCCAUAUAUAAGAGCUAGUGCCUUUUGAGUGUAGUAUAUAAGUAAUCAAAAGUAUGUUCUUGAGCAUAGGGGGAUGAAGAGCAGAGAAGGAAAGCGCCCUGAGGCCUUUUGGCCUUCCAUUAUGAUGAAGAAAUGGUUGAAUAUAAAGCCUAAGGUCUAUGAUUUUAGUGCAGAUGAGGUUGACACCGAAAAUGAAACUGAAAGCGAAGAAGAAGCUUGCUCUCCUAAAGUUGCAAGAACGCGUAUGCGCGGGGAUCAUGGCCUUAGGACAGAGGGGAACCAAUCCAGUUUCUCAACUCAUCUUCCAGAUCCGCCUUCUUUUGGCUAUCAGUUAAGACAUAGGAGAGGAAAAUCGGAAACUACACGUGCUCAGUACAUAAACACAAAGGAUGUGAGGGUGACAAUAGGCACUUGGAAUGUUGCUGGAAGAGUUCCAGAUGAAGACCUUGAUAUUGAUGAUUGGAUUUCUUCAGAAGAGCCAUCGGAUAUCUACAUUUUCGGCCUAUGGUUCAGUUUUCAAGAGGUUGUCCCUUUGAAUGCUGGGAAUGUAUUCGGAGCAGAGGAUAACAAACCAAUACCAAAGUGGGAGGCAAUCAUUCGCAGAACUCUGAACAAAUCAUUGGAACCUGAAAGCAAACAUAAAUGCUACAGUGCUCCACCUUCACCUGUACAAAGGACUUCUUCUGUUGCUGAUGUACUUGCAGAUGAGAUUAAUGAUCUUCCACUGGGGUUGCUCUGCCAGGAAUAUAUUGGAGCUGCUAAUGGUUGUGACUUGGAACAAGUUGAAUUGACUAAAGCACUAAGUAUCGGAAAGAACUUACAUUGGAAGAGAAUUUAUGGCAUUGAUUGCGAUAGUAGACUAGAUUGGCCUGAACGCUCAUUAGAUGCUACCCCUCAAGUUGUCUUCUCAAAUUCUAAAUUGCGGCGGGUCAUGAGUACUUCUGCAAGCAUUGGCUUUAAUUUGCCUAAUCCUUUAAUAUUCGGUCCUCAAAAUUUAUCACUAAAAGGUAGUGGAUUGAAAAGAUCACACCAUAGCUUUGGGAGUCUGGGAUCAAUAUUGAUGCAGCAGAGAGAGAUGCCCGACUUUCUUGACUCUCUCGCUGCUAUGUCCGACAGGUUUUCAGAAGAGGAAGAGGACACCUUCGAUGAAUUACCAACUGAACAACCUUAUAAUGAAGUAAUCAUAGAUGGUGUAAAGUUUCAUCCAACUGAACAACCUGAUAAUGAAGUAAUCAUAGACGGUGUAAAGUUUCAUCCUACAUACGUGCGAAUUGUCAGCAAGCAAAUGGUAGGGAUAUAUAUAUCCAUCUGGGUGCGUAAGAAGUUGAGGAGACACAUUAAUAACUUGAAAGUAUCUCCUGUUGGAGUUGGUCUAAUGGGCUACAUGGGAAACAAGGGGUCAGUUUCUGUAAGCAUGUCCCUUUUUCAGUCACGAAUGUGCUUUGUGUGUUCUCAUCUGACCUCUGGUCAGAAGGAGGGGGCUGAACAGAGGCGGAACUCAGAUGUGUAUGAAAUUAUACGACGUACCUGUUUCUCAUCUGUCUUCGAUACAGAUCAACCACAGACAAUUCCAUCCCACGAUCAGAUUUUCUGGUUUGGAGAUUUGAAUUACCGCCUCAAUAUGUCAGACACCAAGGCAAGGAAGCUUGUUGCUCUGAAACAGUGGAAUGAACUUCUCAACAAUGAUCAGCUAAGCAAAGAACUCCGCGGUGGGCAUGUAUUCGAGGGUUGGAAAGAGGGGCUGAUACAUUUUCCACCUACCUACAAGUAUGAAAUCAACUCCGAUACAUAUGUUGGCGAGAAUCCAAAGGAAGGAGAGAAGAAGAGAUCACCAGCAUGGUGUGAUCGUAUACUGUGGCUAGGAACAGGCAUCAAACAGCUUUCUUAUAAGCGGGCAGAAAUGACACUUUCAGAUCACCGACCGGUUAGUUCAAACUUCGUGGUUGAAGUUGAAGUCCUAGAUCAUCAGAAGCUACAAAGAGCUCUCAAUUACACUAGUGCAGCAGUACAUCCUGACAUUUUCUUGGAUGAAGAUGAGGAUUUAGAAUGUUAAGUAGCAGAGACGAGGAGUAUAAUGAUCUCCCUGCUGCAUCUACAUGCAUGUCCGUACAUAACGUGGAAUUAUUUUUCAAACAGGGAAUUGCAGACCAUUGGACAAUGUUGAAACGUACGUUGGUAUCUUUUUUGACAGACGGAGUUCAAUCAUUCAAGAUGCUGCUUUCAAAUACUGUUUACUGCUGUAGGAAUGUGGAUAGCAAUAGCUAGCUAGGAUAACAACAAACUUUAGAUAUUAUACAAGUCAGGUUACUGUAUAGAUGGGAAAAAGAAAAAAGAGCAUCUUUUUUUACUCGAACUGUUGUAUCUUUGAUUCCCUUGUAUUUGUCGUAUGUAUAUGAAUAGUUACGAUUUUUGGGUUGUGCCAGUGA